AUGGAGAGCGGGCCGGAUGGUCCGUUUGUCAAUGCAGUUGUCCGUCGUAUAUCCCGAGGUCGGGCGAGGCGCGGUUUUGGAAAUGCGCGAACCGUUCGGAACUACUUCCAGAGAACUUGCCAGCGUCAAGCUCGACGACUUGGUCAACUCGACAAACCAACAAUAGAGGAUCGUCUGUUCUUCACCAAGGAAGACCUACUUGGACAGAAACCGCUAGAUGUGAAAGCCACAAGCAAGACAUGGGCCAAACUAAAUUCGCUUGUUGGGCUGCAUGAGGUCAAGAAGUCGGUCGACAUCAUGUUCAAGAUUGUGGACACCAACUACCAACGAGAACUCCAGGGAAAGCGACCCCACACUCACUCGCUUAAUCGCAUCUUUGUGGGCUCACCGGGGACGGGAAAGACGACGGUUGUAAAGCUCUACGGCAAAAUUCUUGCCGAGCUUGGAUUCUUAAACAAAGGAGACGUGGUCAUCAAAACACGGGCAGACUUCAUAGGUGAUGCUGUCGGCAGGUUGGAAUCCAACACGUGGGCCAUCCUCGCGUCGACCUUGGGCAAGGUCCUGAUCAUUGACGAAGCCUACAUGCUUGACCCCGGCGAUACCACGGCAACUCGAGACUCCUUCAAAACCGCUGUGCUCGAUAGCAUUUUUGUAGAGGAACUGGGCGAGAUUCUCAAACUCGACCUCAAGGCCCGCCACAUCGACUAUGAGCCAGAUGCCCUGAAGGCUGCCAUAGACCUACUGUCUCGAUACAAGUACAACCGGGACUUCAGCAACGCAAGAGAGGUCAAGCUCUUGGUAUCCGAAGCAGUUCUGCGAAACCAGGAACGACACAUGACAAGUCAAAAUCAUGACGGAGACUUUGAAGCUCGCCUUGAACCCCAGGACUUUGACCCGUGGCUGCGGCCGCAGACGGUAUCAACAGGCAACACGGUCAACUGCAGAGUUGAUCUGGCAGGUCAGAUAUCGGACUCAGUCAUUGAGCAGUUGGAGAGGUACCUCCCGACCUCUUUGAACCGGGACUUGAACCGCCAUGUGCCGCGAACCUUCGCACUGAAGGGACCACCGGGUACCGGGAAGAAAACGCUCGCCAAGUACAUGAGGAAGUUAUUCCGUGACAUUGGCCUCCUCCCAACCCACCAGGUGGUGCUCUGCUCGGCAGUAAACUUUAUCGGGCAGCACGUGGGACAGACCAUGCCCAAGACUCGAAUGCAGCUCGAGAAGGGCUUCGGCAAUGUCCUCAUUAUCCGCGAUAUCCACCGACUUGCAAAAGGUGGCUACUCAAGUGAAGCUCUCGAUGAACUCACCUCGUUUGUGCAAGCCUACUCCGGGAGAAUGGCGAUCGUUCUCACAAGGCCCUCAGAGCCAGUAGACGAGCUGUUGGCCGAGAGACAUGAGCUUGGGACCAUGUUUCCAGAUCGCAUCACCUUCCAAGACCUCUCACCCCAGGACUGCCUGAAUCUGCUGGACAGGCUAAUUCACGCCGAAGAACCCACGGCAGAAACGCCUUUUUUCACAUCGCAGGCUGCUGCGCAAAGAUUUCAAAAGGCAAUGUCGAUUCUUGCCAUGUUUGAGGGCUGGGGAAAUUACUCGCAUGUUAAGCUGCUCGAGACCCGCAUGAUCCAAAAGGGGGACGACGAGAUCUUCUUGGCCCUAUUCCACGAGAUCCGCGACACGGGGGCUGCAGUGAGGAAGAUUGUCUCUGCCGAAACCCAAGAAACUCCCGAGCCCCAAUCGGGUACCGAAGUCACCCAACCGACACAAGCGAUGAUCAAGGCGACUUCGGAGCCCAAGCGUGUGGUGCAGGCGACCCAUCAGGUUGAGAAUGUGGCCAAAGCAGCGACAUCAACUUCAGAGGCUUCGAAGUUGAAGGAGGAGCAGAUCAAACAACGAGAUAGCAACCAAAAAGACGCUGAGAGAGAGAACCAAGCCGUGCAGGAAGCUAUUAAGCGGAUGGGUAAGUGCGAGCAAGGGUUCGAUUGGGAUAGGGUUGCUGGUGGCUAUAGAUGCCAGGGCGGCACUCACUUCGUGUCUGACGCCGACGUUGCGGAUGCUAUGCGAUGA